CGACCUGUUUAGUGAAGCAUUCAAACCGAUUUAUCUUCUUACAUUGAAACUACAGAAAGACCAUGUCCCCUUAUCUCAGUUUCAUGCUGAUUGGCUGAUAUGCCAGGCGGAAUUACACGAAAUAUCAGCAAAGGGAAACACGAUGUCAACAAAACUAUUGGCAUCAAUGGAGAGAAGAAUCCAUAAGCUGAAAGCAAGCAUGGCUUUUAAAGCCUGUCUAUACAUCGAUCCCCGCUUCAACUUUGCUGGAUCCGGUCGACUAAGUCAAAGCGACAAAAAAGAAGCACAAGAAUAUCUCAUCGCAUUAAACGAUCGGCUAGAUAACUUAGAAGGCUCACGAGAGGCACCAAAAACAAACGUUGAAACAAUUGCCAACAGAGGAUUUGUUGAAGAUUACCUGAUGGACUUCUUUAAUGAAGGAAGCCAAGAUACGGUUUCAUCUACUUCAAUGAGUAACUCAUCGACUGAACCUUUGUUGUUUAAUCUGUUGAAAUUAGAAAAUAGAGAAAAAGUUAACAUCACAGUCGGCGACCCAUUACCAUCAUCCAGUAGCUCCAACAAUUCUGACCAAAACAACACAUGUAUAACAAAUAAAUCCCAACAUGGUACAUCUGCAGUUCAACCAGCAAUUAGCAUUUCUACAUCAUCCCGUUUCGAUAUUAUUCAAUAUUGGAAAAAAGGAAAUAUUCAAACCCCCGCAUAUAUCGUUUGGCAAUGGUAGUACUAUCGACACCGGCUACACAAGUAACUGUUGAAAGAUUGUUCAGUCAGGUAAAAUAUGUCCUAACUGAUUCUCGUAUGCGUCUCAGCGAUGUGUCGAUUAAGGACAUAAUGGUACUCAAAAUGAAUGCAGAUUUGUUGGGGGAAGUAGUGGAUACAAUGCUAGAACGAAAUAUUAUCUGAUCAUGUAAAGUGACUCUUUGAACGUUAUUUGAAAUUUUUAUUUUACAAUGAACAAUACUUAGCAUAACAAAUAAACCUGCUACGAACAUGGAAUAGCAUUUUCCACUGCAC